AUGGGGAAGUUCCGCUUCCUAGUGGAUACUCCGGCUGCGCUGGCUACGUUCAGGGAGGAAUACGGCGUCCCGGCCGAUGUCCACCUGCAACUCGCAGAAGAGGAGACCACACCUUGGGGUAGGGAGGAGUGCCCCUUCACCGUGCUAUCCAUCGUUGAAGGGGCUAUCCAAGCCUUGCAAGCCAACUACCAAUUCCCCAACGUCGAGGCAAUUCGGGCCGUGCUUAGGUACCGUCACCGAGACUGCAACGAAUUGCUCGGCUACACACCGACUUACAGAUAUUCUACUCCGCGCCGGAGUAGAGUAACCGACUUCUCCAGAGCUCCUUCGCCACCUCCAGAUCCAACCCUACCAGACGUCCCAUUAAUCCGGUUAACCGACGAGCAAGAGAUGGCCAAAAGAUCUCGGAUCAAAAACCUCCUAACCGCGACCUCAGCCGAGAUACCGAGCGUCACCACCCGUUCCCCGGCUGCCGGUCAAUCGAGUGCAGCCAUCGUAGCCCUUGCUUCUCCAGCUCCAGCUGCCGGGCAAUCUGCCAGAGAAGCGCGCCGGGCUGGAAAAAGACCAAGGGCAGAUCCCUCCGCCGAGCUCGUCGCCGAGCUGACAACCGAACAUCCAGCUGAAACUCCUGCUCCCGUGCCCGCUUGGCGUCCUCAGCUGAAGCACCGGGGACAAGACAUCCCGGCGACGGCUUCAAUCAAGGCUGACAAAGAACACUUGCUCGCCUUCGAUCUCUCCAAAGCAUUUCUCCUACCGAGCGACGUGGUAGGCAGUGACCACGUCCCUAACACCCGGCUGGUAAAAUCUUCCGUGAAGUCCAUGGCCAGGGCCAUUCAGAAACAACAUUUGGUCUUGGAGCGCAUCCACCGGCUUAGGCAGAAAGCCAACGACACUGCCAGCCAUGUUGAAAGCCUUCAAGCCGAGCUCGGCCGGGCUAAAGCUUCUCUCGAGAUGGCCAACAAUGAUAAUAACAGGCUGCUCGGUCAACUGAAUGCAGCCGAGAAAAAACAAACCGAGCUCCAGGCCGAGGUUGACACUCUGAAGAAGGAGAAGAGGAAGGCUUGCCGGGCUGCCAACAACGCCGGGUUCAACGAGGCCGAGCAGAACUACAAGAAGCAGGGAGAAUUCAUUACAAAAAAAGAGCAUCCAGUGGCUUGUGACACAAACUCUCGUUUCACUCAAAAUCAGUUUUACUGCCAAAACGACUUUGAGUGCUGA